GAUUUAUUUUGAAUGCUGGGUUACAUAAGAGAAUAAGAACACCCAUCCUGGGUCAGACCAAAGGUCCAUCUAUCCCAGUAUCCUGUCUUCUGACUGUGGCCAAUGCCAGGUGCUUCAGAGGGAAUGAACAGAACAGCAGUGCCUACAGUUUCCACUUGGGUCCACAUUAGCUGGGAUCUAUAUACAUGCGUAAUAAUGGACAAUCCCCAUCCUGAAGAACUUACUGUCUGAUUUGAACAAGAUACAAAAGUGAGUGUGUCCAUCAAGUAGGAAUUGCAGCCUGUCUGUAUGCAAACAUUUAACAAACAAUUUGUAAACCAUUAAAUAGUGCUUACAUGCUUGAAUAAGGAAAUGCUCAGCAAACUUGACCCUGGAUUAACAAAUAAAUUCUCCAUGAAUUUGAGAAGAGUCUUUGAGAACCUGAAUGUGUGAGAAUUUGUUUCAAAUUCUUUGGGAGUGAUCUCUGAUGGAUGUCUGUCCACAAAAGAUGUCAAGGAACCCUUGAUGGCACAUCUGAAGCACAGAGAUGUUAAGUAACUUGUCCCAGAAAACAUAGGGGUCUGGUGGUGUGUGAUGGAAAAGUCAGUGCUUGCUUGAUUCUCCUAUUCCUCAAAGAGCUUGCUAUCUUAUUCCACUUCAGAGAGUGGGGAAAGAGCAGAGCAUCAGCAAUCUCAGAUCUACACAACCACCUUGUUAGUAGAUUAUUCCCAUAUAAAGAAAUUAGGCAGCACUUGUUGGGCCAGGGGAGUCUCUGCCCAACAGCAACAAUCUACCAGAAAAAUACCUUUCCCUGCCAAGCCCCAGGGUCCAUAGGCACCCCCAUCCCUAACGGGCUCUCAUGGCACCAGGAUUUGGUUUGGCUGGGGUGGCUGUACCUACUCUUAAGUGUGUUCUGUUGACAAAGCCAGAAUUUGUUAGAGCUCUCCCUAGGGUGAUCAGAUAUCCUGAUUUUAUAGGGACAGUCCCGAUUGUAGGGGCUUUGUCUUACAUAGGCGCCUAUUACCCCCCACCCCUGUCUGCAAUUUUCACACUUGCUAUCUGAUUACCCUAGCUCCCCCACCCUGAACUGUAAAUCAGUUAAAUUACCUGCAUGUCAAGAAGUGGGGGGACAGGGGAACAUCUGUGCAUCUCUUUCUCUCUCUCACACACACGACACCUUCCUCCCUGCUUUCAACCCUAGUAGCCCCCUGUGAGUUUAUCCCAGAGCUGAACAAAAUCACUCGGUUUCUCCCAGGCUGAAAUUCCGCUUCGUUUCCAUCCUGCUCCUUUGGGGGGCACAGGGCAAUGUGUGGGGAGGAAAAUGCAAGACCUCUCUCUCUUGCCCCAUACACCUCCCCCUUCCAUCUCCUCUGCUGCAGGUGACUCCCGGGGGGGGGGGAGAGAAAUGCAGCGCAGGAGGAGGGAGGGCGUUUCGGAGUGGGACAGAGGCAGAGAGGAAAAGGGGGGAGGUCCAGGCUGGGCCGGGGAGGGGGUAGGUAUUAGGAACAGCUGCUCCAGCCUCCGCUCCCUGCAGCCAACGCACGACACGCAGCAGCAGCGAGCAGAGCAUCAGGAUCCAGCCACCAUGGAUAAAACUUUCGCCCAGUCCAGCUCCGGGUGGCUCUUCCUGACAGCAGUGGCGCUCUCCUUACGGGGUGCCAACGGCAAGGUAUAUUAUUCCUGUGGUGCAGUAUUGGAAUCCAUGGAAAGAGGUCUUAUUUUAUCACCAGGUUUUCCAAAUAACUACUACCCAGGGAUACACUGUGUUUGGCAGUUUUUCAUUCCUGUUAGAACCCAUCUUAUCCUGGAAAUUCUUGACUUUGAUGUAUUUGAGAGCUCAAAUGAAACUCCAGACCCUUGGGAUGGCUUUUUUUCUUCUUCUUCUUCUAAAGGAAAAAAUAAGGAGAUGUUUCCUACUGAAAAAAACUCUGACCUUCCCAUCACUCUUGCUACUACAAAAUCCUCUGUUCUGGCUGGGAUGUCAAAGGCAACCCAGAAACAUAGCAGCCCAGGAGCUCAGUUAAAGGGUCUUGCUGAUCGCUACGAUGGAUUCCCAGUAACUACCUCCAAAAAAGAAGAAUACAAACAAACAUCUGAAGAAAAACAGUUCAGACUGAUGGAAGAACCCAAAGAAAUAGCUAAGGCUCGGUCAGAUGGACUGCCAUUCGUUGUGGCUGGCAAUACCACUACGCUGCGGCAAAAUAUCAGUGGCCUAGAGAUGAACAGAGAUUUGAAAGGGAAAAUCCUGCUUGCCCACCUCACUGCUAGAAGGACAGAUGAGGUCAUUGGAGAGAGUCAGACUCUCUCGACAACAGUCUUACCAAGAGAAAGCUCCACCAUCCAGCAGUCUUCAGCGGAUGUGUGUCCCCAUGAUGUCUUGUAUGUUUCCGACCUCAUCACAUUUUCCUCUCGCUUCUGUGGGACAAACUUGCCUUUAAACAAGACCAUGGUUUUCAGUUCAUUUCUGGAGAUGGUGGAGGUUAUUAUGGAGCUGAUCACUACCACAGAUCGUGGGCGGGGCUUUGCGAUGCUCUUUGAAUACAGGAACGUCACAGAACCUGAGGUCAUGGAUGUGGUGAAGCAGGAUGGAAAGGAAAACACAAUGAUGCUGGCAAUAAUAACUGGAAUUGUCUUCUUUGCACUUGUUCUUCUGUCUACCUUCUGCAUAACUUACAGGCAGAAAAUGUGCCCCAAAAGGAACCCUUCCAAUGCACACAGUGACCAGGAGAAUGGGAUCCAGAACUCCGCCAUAGAUAUCAAUGAGCUCCAACUUGUGGUGUCAACUCGAGAGAAUGAAAACAACAAUCACACUGUCAGCCAGGACCAAGCAGUCACUUCCUCCGGAGGCAGCGCAGAACACUCUUCUCAGCCUACUGACCCAGACAUGCCCUCUUCUAUGUCAGCCGUGACCACUGAAACGGGGAGCGAUGAAGUAUUUAUUAUUUCAACCGGCCCUGGUGCCAGCGGGUUGAGUUUUACCACAUACAGAAUACAGGACAAAAACCUAAAGAGAAGUGUCACAAGUCCAGCUUCUGUGUCAGACUGGCUGACUUCUGAUCAUGUGGCUCCAGGAGCAGGUACUGUGGAUAAAGGGAACACGCAGGCAGAGAACCAUCAUCCAAGGCAACGGACAUGGAGUGCCCGCACAUUUCAUGACUUACUCACUCCGUUACCUCAGUUUCAGAAAAAAUGGUAUAGCUGGACCACUAACAGCCCCUUCACUAAACUGGUAGACAGCAGCGGUCUUUCUACAUCCACAAGAAACCAGAGUGUAACAACCAGAAAAGUAAUUUCAGCCACUGAGCUAGAGGGAAUCUCAGAUAUUGUUUAUUCUGACUCGUCCACCAGCACCACAUCAUACCUGCUAACCCAAUCUGUGCAAAGGCAGGGGAAACUGAGCUCCUCUAGCUUGAAGAAAUCCAGGUUUGGGAACCCUUAUUUUGGGUUUUUAACCAGCUCCCCUGAUUGCAAAGAGGUGAGGCUCUUGGAUCCCUCAAGACACAUGGGGGUGACACCUCCACUUGAUAACCAAAGCCAUGGCCCCACUGGCUUCAAAAGCAACUUAAUCAACUGUUCGAAAACCAAGGAGCUCUCAAUAGAAAUGGACAAAUCCAAACCAGCUUUUGUUAUUUCUGAAGAAGGGGAUGACCAGCAGCCUCUGGUCCUUGCAGAGCACUUUAGUCAGUGUAGAGAUACUCUGUCUGAGCAAAAUGUUGUAUGUAAUGCUUCAGUGAAGGCUGUGCCCGAUAAACAACCAGUGGUCUUGACUGUUCAGGGAGCCAGCUCUGCCAGGCCUGCCAAUUUCACAUUGGAUCUCCCCAUUUGGGAAAAGUCUCCCAAUUUAUAUAGCAAUCACACAAAGACCUAUAGCUCUUCCAGGGGCCAGUGCAGCUUGCCUAGUGCAGAUACCAGUACAAUUGAGUCACCACAGAAUUUUGAUUCCUUAACUGCUCAUACACUCUGUCAAACAUCGGUUCAAUGAGGCUUCCAGAGCGACUAAAGGAAUCGGUCUGUGAGAACAGAUGCAAUAAGGACCACAGCUGUUCACUUUUCUGCUGGAGAAGAAGCUGCUGGGCCUAUGGAGGUUAGCAAGUGUGGAGAGAGGCAACUUUUUUCCCUUCCCCUCAGCGGAUUGGAGUUAUGGAAAGAGGUAACCUAGCAAAGCACAAAACAAAGUUCUCUUUUCUCAUGCUCAGUUGGGCCUAAUAAUGUGCACGACGUGGUCUUGUUUUCGGUUCCAUUCUUCCACAUAGAGUUUUAAUUGUGGCUUAUGGAAGAGACUGAUAAAGUGACUCCUCUAUAAAGGUGUCUAAUACUGAGGAACUGUGUUCUGGUACACUACAGGAAAACAAACAAUGGAUUACUUUAUGGCAUAUAGUGUGGAAUGUAGACCAGUCCUCAGGGUCACUGUGGUGUCACUUUGUUCUUUGCAACAUGUUAUGAACCAAAUUCUGCUCUCAGGUACACUUGCAUAAUCCCUACUGAUGUCAACUGAAGUUGCCUCCAGCUAUCCAAGAGUAGAAUUUGGACUUGCAUGUUUAUGUAUAAAAAAAACCCCUGUAAAAUGUUUUAAAUAGUUGCUAAGCUCUCCACUUUAGUACAAAGUCUUGUUCAUAUCAGUAUCUGCUGUUUCCUUAGCAUUAAAGGGCACAAGUAGACCGCAGUCUAAUACUUCAGAGUGGUAAAAGCACAAUAUGAGAGCGCACUCAGUCUGAUGCUAUCAAAAUAAUUAAUAUUAAUUUCCAAUAUUAACCCUGUCAAACUUUCUACACUCUUGGCUAGCACUGUCUAGGUCUGAACAAUUAAGGGAGCACCCCUCAUGGCAAUAGGAGGGCAUAUACAAAAAAUACUAUUCACUAGCAAUAAAGUCUUCAGCAUCCUGAUGCUUGCAGCUGCUAUUGUUUUAAUACUAUAUCAACCAGCUACUGGUGGUAAUGUACACUGACUGCAGAAUUAUUUCCUUUAGCAGGCAAGCCUUAAAACAAAACAACAAGCAAACUAAGUGGGGCAGACUUCAUAGCCCGCUUUUGAAAUGAACUCCUUAGUAGCUAUGCCACCCUGAUUACAAAUCCAGCGCAUGAAAUGGAAGACUGAACCAAAGGGAAGUCUGGUAAUUCGAUUGCCUUUAAUAACCCAAUCUGUAUUUUAAUUGCCUCCCACUGAUAUUUUCCUGUCUUAGUAAGAAAUGUAUGCAUACUUAACCUGCAACUAAAAGCAUUUCACUUUCCUAAUUGAAAGGAUUGUGUCACAUGGAGCUAUGUGACUGUAGCUGGUUUAAGCUGUUCUAAAAAUGGAUAAAGGGCUCCAAAUAUGUGAUGAACAGAUGCCAAAGGUGGGAAAAUCUUCAUGCAAUCUACCCUGUGUCCACUAUGUUAGGAGUCAAAUGAGUGAUCUUAAUAUUUCUAUGCCCAGACAUCUAAGCCUGCCUCUUGAAAUAUUUAACCCCAGUUUGGCCCUGAUUUAUUUAAGAUUCCAUCUACCACCUAUUAAUGUCUGAGAUGCACAACACAUGGUCUUAGUUUUGCUUAGCAUGUUUUAUGUGCAGAAAUAGAAGCAUUGCAUCGGGUAGUGGUUGAGGUGGGAGUGAGAGUAUCCCAUCGUAACUUAUGAGUUAUGAUAACUCAUAUUAUCCCAUCGUAACUUUUUGAAGCAGAACUACACACACAGCUUUCUGUUAAUUCUUAUUACUGCCAGCCUGCAUCGAACUGAAAUUUAAAGUACAAAAUUCUGGCUUCAGCUUUGUUUUUUUUAUUAAUGUUCAAAGAACUAAAGGGAAGAGCUAAUAUAGUUAGAGAAAUCUGCAGUGCUCUAUAUAUAUUAAUUAACUCUGUCCCUACAUAUUGAGUUUUACAUGUAACACUUGCAUUGUAAUGCAGAGUCAUUAUGCUUUGUUGUUUUUAGACUUCAACUUGCAAAAUAAAUAUCCAAGUAUUAAAAAAAUUACUUUUGGAAAACGCUUAAGUGACCAGUUACCUUCGGUAAUUGCUUGGGUGGGGAGAGGGAGAAUGAAGGGUGUUUUUUUUUUCCCCCAAUGAGUGUUUAUUAAUGUAUGAAUUUCUUUAGCUGAAUAAAUUGCCUUGGCCCUAUUGCUUGCUUUUUGUGUUGUAAGACUGAAUUGAAUGACUUGUGCUCCACCAAGUAAUAGGUAACUACUAUACUGCCUCAGGCAGAGGGAAUAUGGCUAGAAGUGGGACCUAAAUAAAUUCAGACUGGAAAUACAGCAUAAAUUUAUACAGUAAGGGUGAUUAACCAUUGGAACAAUUUAUCAAGAGUCAUGGUGGAUUUUCCAUCUCUGGCAAUUUUUAAAGCAAGACAGGAUGUUUUUACUAAAAAUAAUGAUAUAGGAAUUAUUUUGGGGAAGUUCUAUGGCCUCUGUGAUACAGGAAGUCAGACUAGAUAAUCACAAUGGUCCCUUCUGGCCUUGGAAUCCAUGAACAUCUAUGCUAGUACCUUGUCUCCAACAGGACCAGCGCCUGUAGAGAAAUCAGCAAGAAAUAUUAUGAUGAAUCAUUCUUGCAUAAUGUGCUCAUCACAGAAGCUUUUCCCCACACCCGGCGUUAAUGCCCUGAAGCAAGAGGAUUUAUAGUCUUACAUCUUGUUUAUCCAGUUACAUUACUUAAGAUAAGGUUAUUGCCCAUAUUCUCCACACUGACUUCCUGUCCUAGUUAUCCUCGUAGCCAAAGAGUAGACAGUCUGCCUUCUCCAAAGUCUUUCACCACAGCUAGCAAAGGAGGGAAAGUGUCACACUUAAAUCUUGCUCUAUAAAAUAUACCCCUCAUGUUCAUUCACAACAUAUGCUACCUCCAUAAUACCUACACAGCCACUAACCACCUGGGAAACAGACUUGGGUGGGAUGAAGGGCAGGUCUCCAGCAUGGAUAGUAUAUAUUCAUACUAGACUUUCCCUUUCUUGAAGAUUGUGAUACAAGUUUGAAUAUGUACUUAUUUUCAGACAAGCUGUAACUGCUGCAGCAAACUUUGGAAGUGCCAGACACCCUGUUAAAGUGGGAUAUAGAAAAAUUCCACAAUAUGCAGCUUUUUAUAUUAAACAUGAUUUCAAAAGAAUGGCUGCAUCUUCGCUUUCCUACUAAAAACCAACCCAUUGUUAUUGGACAGUAGGAUUUCCCCCAGGCAAUAUUCCCAGGUUUCUGUUGAAAAACUGUUUGAAUAUCACAGGGGUAGCACUUAACUAGAAAAGUAUGAAGGCUGCUGGUGGAGGAAAGUUGUAUAGUGUUCCCUCCACUGUACUCCUGAACUAGGAUUAGUAAAAGAAAAAAAAGUCUCCGUGGUACACAGACUGAAGAGUUUGAGUACGAUAACUUGGCCCUUCCUCUUACCAAUUCUAAAAAAAAAAAUUAAUCUUCGACACCUCACUUAGAUAGAUGUUACUCCGCUUUGUAAAUAAGGAAACCGAGGCACAGUAAGGACAAGGAAGUGGCAGAGGUGGGCUAAAACAAGUGUGCCUGCCCCAAAAACUAGCUUCCAGACCGUUAGGGUAGACUACCUCUGACAUAGCUACAGCUAGCCUAUUCCAAAAGCAUAUCUGUCUGCUUUGCAAAACUGCCUGCUCUAUUCAUAUUCUUAUGCCGCACCCAUCAGCCUGGUAUCUGAAAGCAUAUCAGACCAGACACAAAACACCAGAAGCAUCCAAACUCUCACUCAGCUGGGCCAACUAACAGCAUACAGCGCAGCUAGGCAAGACAGAAAAAAGAGAAAAUUAGUAAUGCUUUUGUAAGAAAUUUUUUUAAAAGUGCAUUAAAGUCCUAUAUUUAAAAAAAAAAAAAGGCAAGAGUUCAAAAAUGCACUCAACUAUCGUGGGUAUUUAAACCUGUCCCCUCACGCAUUUUACUUUUAAAACAAGCUCAUCAGUUUGCAGUGCUAAUUAAUGUUCUUAUUUAUAUAGAACUCCUUAGGUACAGUAGAUUAAAAACUGCUAACAGGAAGAGGGAAGUAAUUUAACAAUUAUGUGGAAAAAAGUAUCAGAUUAUGAAUCUAAAACCUAGAAAAGUACAGUAGAACCUCAGUUACGAACACCGCAGGAAUGGAGGUUGUUCAUAACUCUGAACAAAAUAUUAUGGUUGUGCUUUCAAAAGUUUACAACCAAACAUUGACAUAAUACAGCUCUGAAAUUUUACUAUGCGGAAGAAAAAUGCUGCUUUUAACAGUCUUAAUUUUAAUGAAACAAGCACCAAAACUUUCCUUACCUUGUCAAUUCGCCCCCCCCCCAAUUUUUUUUUAGUUUUCAUUUAACAGUACUGUACUGUAUUUCCUUUUUUGGGGGGUGGGGAGGAGGUCUCUGCUGCUGUCUGAUUGUGUACUUCCAGUUCCUAAUGAGGUGUGUGGUUGACUGGUCAGUUCAUAACACUGAUGUUCAUAACUUGGGGAUUCUAGUGUAGUGUGUAAAACUUGAAAUGAAAGCCUCUCUAUAUUCCACUUUAUAUUUGAUUAGAAAUAUCUUUGGGCUGUGUUAUAGCUAUAGCUUCCGUAUCAGAAAUGCAAUAAGAUGGUAGCUCAUACUGAGAUUGAGCUAUUCCUUCCACCUUCCCCCCUCACCCACAAUGUUAGCUAAUUGGUAGUAACAGGAUUCAAAAGAAGGCUUGGGUCCGGUUUUGCUCAUUGGUAGUAAGAGCAAGAUAGCAGCAGUUCUUUGAAGUGACCCUACUACCAUAUAGCAGAAGCAGGUUGCAGGGCAUUAGUUUUCUUCAGAUGCAAUCAACUACUCCUAGGUAGCUGAAAUGGCAAGGAGAAGUUUAAGGGAAUUAAACACCUAGGAGGGUCAAAUACGCAGUUACUGUUGUACUAAACUUUAAGAUUUAGAUUUGUGUUUUAAAACAAGCAUUUCAUAUUUAUAUCUACUACAGUUAGUACGUCAAAUUUUUAAUACGGGGAGCUGCUUCGGCAGGAAGAUGCAGUCAGUUUGUGAGCAGAAAUCUACUUUCCUUUCAGUCAUUUUAUAAAAUCCAGUCAGUCAAUCAAUGUUAAUUUUUUUUCCCCACCCUGAGGUAGAAAAACAGUUUGCAGCAAGAUAGUUGUCUGGCCUGAUCUCACUUAUCAAAACAUUUGAAAUAUUCUAAUAAAUUCACACACAGUUUGUCAAAAAGUUAGAAUGUAUCAUCUGGAUAAAAUGUAAACAAUUAAAGGGGAAAGAAAGGUGACAAGACCCAAGCCAAUGGAGGCACUUAACCUAUCCAAGCAGUUGUAACAUCAGCAUUGAAAGGAAUAACUGACUGGCAAUUUCAAAAAAACAUUCAUGGCCUUUCUGGAAAUGUAUGAUGUUAAAUCUCAUAUGGCACUCUUAGAAAAUGAAUUACAAAAAAUGCUAUAGCAACUAAUGAGCUUAGGGAUGAAAUUACCUCAUUGAAAGUCAGAACAGCCAACGAUAAAAGCAAAAUGAUCUGAACUAUAGAUUUAGAAACAAUCUUUGCACAUUAGGCAUUGCCAAAGGAAAUAACGUAAAUUAGUUUUCUUCAGAAGCUGGUCCCCCGACAUUGUAAUUGGGGUCUGUUCCCAAACUUGAUACAAAAAGGCUACCAGGCAAAAAACGUGGGAAAAUAACUCAGGGGGAAAAGGCAGGAAAAUCACCCACGCACAUUCUCUUUGAACUGCUAAAAUGCAAUGAUACUGAAAGCAGGGGAAUAAGCAAACAGUCCCUGUGCUGCAUUUUUUUUCCCCCAAGAGGACAGACAGCAUGAAAUAAGACAUCUUUCCAGAAAAGUUUUGGCAGGAAGCAUAAAUAAAAAGUUUGAUUGCAGUUUGGUGGUGAUCCUCUUCUCACAGAGCGAACUCCCCCAAUUCCCACUUCAAAAAGAAAAAAAAAUCCAAAAGCACUAGUUUAAGCCAUCUAAACUAAAGCCCCCAUUUAAAAGUUGAAAACUACUGCACUAUCAAUUACAGGAGUAUGGUUUUUUUUUACUGGUAUAGCCACCUCACUAUUUAUUAUUCAUAGCCAAAGACCAACCUCAUUGACUUUAAGUGGAGCAGGAUCUCACCUUAGGUGUAAAUUACUGAUGGCUCAGAACUGAAAUGGAAACUACCCACUCACUGACUGAAGUCCAACCCAUAGUGAGGAUGACCAAGAGUAACAAUGACUGUAAAUGCUUCGUGGACAGAUGUGAACACUGUAAAACCUACAUUAAAUGUUGCUCUUUUCUUUCACACCACUUCAUAAGGUACUCCCUCCACAAUGGAUAAGCAAGGUAAAGCACAGCUGCUUGCUUGAUGCUACAGCUGUUCAAGUGACAGGACUUCACCCUGGCAAGACCAAAAAUUGACUGCUUCCUUUUGCAUUGAGUUAGAUACAAGACAGUCUAUGUUAAAAUAGAGUACACAGUACUUAAACCUGCCAGUGCUGGUAGAACAUCCAAAGCAGUUACAGGUCUGAAUGUCUACAGGUCUCUUGUUCUUACAGGUCACAGAGCAGGAUUAUACUUUCACUUUAUAUUGCUUAAAGGGUGGGUUUUAAUGUUUUUUCAAUUUAGUUUGAGAACAAAUGACAGCUGGCUUAAAAAACAGCAGUAAGGAUUAGCUACAAUAUUAAAGGAUUUCAAUUUCCAUCUUAGUGUGAGAACUGUAAGAAUUCAGAAAUGCUAAGAUCCUAAUAAAAACUUGAAACUAUAACAAGUUUGGCUGGCUUUACUAUUUUCACCAAAUAGUCAAAUGAAGUCUGGUGUGAAUAAAAGUUUUUCCAAGUUGGUAAGUAUGCAACUUCCUACAGCAGACUUAACUUCUCCCUCUGUAGUAGCCAUUCAGAAUCUUUUCAUGUAUACAUAUAAACUAGACUAUCUAAAUUGGCUUUUAACACUGCAAUAUUCAUUUUCUAUAGCCUACUGUUAAAUCUUAUUCUAGUAUUGUCAGCAGUUUUAGAAUGACAGUGAUCACAGUAUCUAGAUACUCUUGCAUGAAGUUGGAAGAAAAUCCAGUUCUACAAAAGGAAGUAAAACUUUUUGCUCCUGUCCCUCGUAUUGAAUUUUUCUUAUUUAAAACAAAAUAUGUUUGUGUGGUUACUUCCAAGUACAAUGGAGCUGGCUUGAAGUACAGCUCAUUUGUUAUAAAUCCUGCAGAGAGAUUGGAGAUCCUUUGCAAAUUUACCUUGACAGGUAUAUAAGGGAGGCUAAGCCAGAUCUCUUACAUGCCACAGACAAGGACUCCCUCCAGGUAAUACCUUAUACUCAGUUAUCAUGAGUUCCAGUCUGGUAUCUUGCUGUAGAAACUCAUUAACUUUCAAGUGAUGAGCAGUAUGACUGAGCAUUAGAAGGUGAUGUGUACAACAUCAUCUAUGCACAGUUUGUGGUGAGGAGAGAUUAAACAGCACAGAUGAAAUGGAAACAGACAGCUUAAAUGGGUUAUUUUUUUAAUAACUUUUUAGUCCAGGAAAUCACAAAAAGAAUUGGAAGAACUGCACUCCACCUUCUUUAUAAAAGAACCUUCUCAUAGAGGGAGAUUGUAUCUUAUUCACCACUACAUUAAACCCUAUAAUAAUCACCCUUGUUUUCACAACAUCUAUUCUACAAGGUUCGAUGCUCAGCUCCCAAAUGUCUCUUAUGAAGAGGGUGGGGGGUGUGCUUUAGACAGGUUAAAAAUAUGGUGCACCUUUACAGUAUUUAAACAAUUACACCAAGUAUGGUUUAUACAGUUAUCACAGUAUCUAAAUAUUACCUGGCAACCAUACAUUUUAAAAAGGACUAAUGUAUAAGAGUAUGUAAUACCCAUGACAGAUGCUCUUAGUUACUUAAGAGCAUAUAAAGAUCAGGAUUUAUUCACCCUCCCCAUUUGCAAGUUAAUCUCUCAGCUCUUCCAAGUACAAUAUAAUCACAAAAAACUUCAUUCCAUUGCACUACUUCAACCCCCUAUGCAUAGAAAGCCAUAUUUAUUCUCUAUUGGGGAGGGGGGGGGGAAGAGAGGGGUACAUAAAAGGUAUACAAGGAACCUCUAC